AGGCGUAGUCAAGCAAGCGUUUUCAAUUUAAAUAGACUCAUCUCCGUUCUUCUGUGACGCUCCAGAAACCAAAAUAAAAUACAAUACUACAGGCAUUUAGGUUUGGCAGUAGAUUUUGAUAGGAAGAUAUGAAGUCGAUGCCAAAAUCUCCAUGCCAUACAUUACAUGCCUUUUGCUUUUGGUGCAUACACCUCUUGUGUUCGGUACAGCGAUCCACAGCUCAGACUACAGAUCCAUCUGAAGCGGCUACUCUACACUCCAUCUUUCAGCAGUGGAACAUUUCUGCAACAUCUGAUUGGAAUAUAAGUGGGGAACUGUGUAGCGGGGUUGCCCGUACGGGAAUCGGCAAUGUGAACCUUGGGAUCGAAUGCCUAUGCACUUUCAACAAUGGAUCCACCUGUCGCAUAACGAGACUGAUAGUCUUUUAUCAGAAUGUUACAGGUCACAUUCCAGAAACCAUCGGGAAUCUGACUCACCUCAACUACCUGGAAUUGGGUGGAAACUAUUUAACAGGUUCCUUGCCUUCAUCUAUCGGCAACUUAAGGUCCAUGCAGUACAUGUAAGUUAUUUAGGAGCUUCUGACAUAUAGGCAAGUAGCUUGACCAUGAUGUUGUUGUUGUUGUUGAUGAUGAUGUAGUUAUUGGCAGAGACGAUGAUGGUCAUGAUCAUGAUCGUGAUGCAACUGUUGGCAAUGAUGAUAAUGAUGAUGUUGCAAUGAUAAUGAUUUAAUGAACCACAAUGGAUUCCAUAAGUUUAACAACCAUAAAAUAUUUUGCAAUGGAGAUAAUGAAGAUGA